AUGACACUGGCCCACGAAACCGUUCCCGGUACGGAGGUAUACGGACCCGGCACUUUCAUCGACAAGACUGUGCUUCCAGUGCCUGUAGACGCUCGUCGGGUGUUUGAGCUUCUCGCCUCUCGAACCCCUGGGUUUACCCAAAACAAAGCACUAUGGGAUACCGUCCACUUCGAAGGACGACCUGAGCCUAUGGUUCAAGGUCCAAUCAAAUCACCCGUCAUGGCAGCUGCGCUUCAUGCCAUGGGAGGCGUAGUGGCUAAUGAGCUCCUUGAGCUGCGUGAUGGGAAUCCCGCGACAGAGAAUAGUGUGACAGUCAAUACUGACCAUGCAGGCAUUUGGCUCGGAUCUGUGUUCACCACGUACAUUAAUGGUUCCGAUGUAUCCACCCUGGCACGGUCGGGGAAGUUUGAGUUCACUCUUCGAACGGAAUUAUGA